AUGGCCCUUUUGUGCGGUGUGCGGGCGGGGGUCGCGCCGCCGACCCUUGCGCGCGCCUUUCAUGUGAGUGCGGCGAGCCAGGCCAAGCCGCGGCGGCAGCGGAAUCGCAACAAUCCCUUUGCGCUGAGUGCGAUGAAGCACUUUCAGUACGACGAUAUUCCGACGCAUGGGCACAUGAAGCUCCAGAAGCAGCGGCAGCUCCUCGAGUACUACCGGCUGCUGCAGAACGAGCUUCCCCAGCUGAAGCAGUUCCACGAGCCGUUCCAGCCCGCACCUGCGUCACACAUCCUCAACUUUCAGUUUACGCACUACCAAGGCGAGGCGCAUCCCGGCGCGCGCAAGGUCGUGCUGAACGUCGACAUCAAGGACCUCUUUGGCGCAAAUGUCCUCAAAACGCCCGCGGCCAAGCACAAGUUUCUGCUGCUUGCCGGCGCGCGGUGGCAGGCGCCGAGCUUUGCGGCGGUGCAGACGCUGAACGACGCGCUCGCGUCCGGCAGCGACGCGCUUGCGAAGGCGUACGAGAGCCAGCCCCUUGGCUCGCUCAAGAUCUCGUGCAGCGCAAACCCCCACGAGUCCCAAAACAUGAAGUGGUGCAGCGAUGUGCUGGACCGCAUGAUUGCCGAGGCCCAGGCCGAGCCGACCUUUGGCGAUAUCCCGCUGGAUGUGCGCCCCUAUAUCAAGUCGGAGGCGCGCGGCGGCCGCACGCGCAUGCCGAGCAUUUCCGACUACCCGAAAGAGUGGCUCUAG